GGAUAACAAAAAGGUGAGGUUUCCCAUAAAAGCUGUCAGUGCCAUCCAGGACUUGUCAGAGAGAGAGCAGCUUCAACCAUGGAGGCUGUAAAGAUGGUUCUGAAGGUGACGUGGAGGUACCGGAGUCUCCUCAUCAUCCUCCUGACGCCCUCGCUCCUACUCCCUCUCCCUCUAGUCAUUGGGACCAAGGUGGCAGAUUGUGCGUUUGUCCUCAUGCUGAUGGCCAUUUACUGGCUGACGGAGGCCUUGCCCCUGUCGGCCACAGCCAUGCUGCCUGCCCUUCUCUUCCCACUGUUCGGCAUCUUGAAGUCUAACGAGGUGGCUAAAGUGUACUUCAAAGACUUCCACCUCCUGUUGAUAGGGGUAAUCUGCCUGGCCACGUCCAUAGAGAAAUGGGGCCUCCAUCGAAGGAUAGCUCUCAGGCUGGUCACCCUGGUGGGGGUCAACCCUGGAUGGCUUAUGUUGGGCUUCAUGUCCGGCUGUGCCUUCCUCUCCAUGUGGGUCAGCAACACCUCUGCCGUCGCCAUGGUGAUGCCCAUUGUGGAAGCCGUCAUCCAGCAGAUCCUGAGGUCGGAGGAGGAGGCCGAUGGACGGCGCUCCAGAGCUGCUACGGGCGUCAGCAACCUGGCCCUGCAGCUGGACGAAAUUAUUGGGCAGAAGGAGAAAGAGGAUAUUAUGAGUAGCCAAGUACAAGAUCCAGAAGCUCAAGUGUACACUAUUCCUGACAACGAAGUCCCCCCACGCAGAACUGUCAUCCCUCAGGUACCCGGAAGGAAACAAGAUAAUAUGAUCUGCAAGGCUUUGUGCAUCAGCAUUGCCUAUUCAUCCAGCAUGGGCGGGAUCGCCACUUUACCCGGGACUUCCCCCAAUCUCAUCUUCUCAGAGUACAUGACUCAGUUUUACCCAGACUGCGACCAGAUCAACUUUGGAAACUGGCUCCUUCUCUGUGUCCCCAUCAGUAUCCUGAUGCUGCUGUUGUCAUGGAUAUGGCUGUACUGGCUGUUCAUUGGCUCUGAUUUUAGGUCUUUGCUGCGCUGUGGAGGACAACGGUCCGAGAGGGAGAAGGAAACAGGCCGCGUCAUUCAGGAGGAGUAUAAUUCUCUGGGGCCUAUUGGUCCUCAGGAGGUGGUGACCCUGAUCAUCUUCGUGCUGAUGGCUCUCCUGUGGUUCACCAGGAAGCCUGGCUUCAUGCCUGGCUGGGCCAACCUCUUCCCUGAACAUGCCGGCUACGCUACAGAUGCAACCGCUGCCUUGCUGCUCGGCCUUCUCCUGUUUGUCAUCCCAGCACAUGGUCCAUCCCCCAAGAAUUUUGAGGCCAUGAUCACAUGGAAGGAGUUCCAGGCUGUUAUGCCAUGGGAGGUGGCGCUGCUUGUUGGUGGAGGUUUUGCCUUGGCUGAGGGAACCCAGGCUGAGGCAAUCCAAGUGAACCCACUCUACAUGCUGAUACCCACAACCCUCUGCACGUCUUUCUCCUUCCUGCUUCCUGUGUCUAACCCAUCCAAUGCCAUCGUGUUUGGCUAUGGCCAUCUUCGCACCAUUGACAUGGUGAAGGCGGGGCUUGGCACAAACGUAAUCGGUGUCCUUGUGGUGGUACUGGCUGUGACGACUUUGGGAGUACCCCUAUUUGGACUCAAUACCUACCCUGACUGGGCGCCCAUCUUACCUCCGUCCAACAGCACUGGCCUGAGCUGAAGAGUGGCAGUGACAGUGAAUGUGAGAAAACAUGAAGAAAAAAAAAAAGACAAACUGUCAGGUUGACUGCUGUAUCACAGCAGUCAUCAUUAUAUAAUGUAAAUACAAUGCUACAAAUCAGUGGUAGCUUGUUUACCUACACGUAAACCCAAAUUUAUAUAGGAAAGAUUUUCUAAGUACUGUACAUUGAUGUGGUUUUCUGUGAAAUGUUGGUACAUUGUAAAAGUGAAGUGACUGAAAGUAUAUUCGGUGUUGACAUUUUGGAGUUGAAGUUGGAUGUUACUCAGAAGAACUGAGUGAACAAUUUAU